GUCUUACGGUCAUGUCGAAGGAAAAGACUCAGCACAUUAAAACUCUUUAACAACGUCGCUUCAAAUGGACAACAGCGGGGACGAGGAAGAGGAGAAGGAGGAGGAGGAGGAUGACACCGAGUGGAAGAGUAGCUUUGCGGACACUGCUGCUGUCGGUCCCGCCGCAGCUUCAGGAUCAUUCAUCAGUGCAACAACACAUCCUCACAGAGUCAUUCUGCAUUUUGACCUGGACUGCUUCUACGCGCAAGUGGAAAUGAUCAGAAACCCAGCGCUGAGACAAGUCCCUUUAGGCAUUCAGCAGAAGUACAUCAUCGUCACCUGUAACUAUGUGGCCAGGGAGCGAGGUGUCACCAAGCUGAUGUCUGUGACUGAUGCUCUGGAGAAAUGUCCUGAGCUGGUGCUGGUGAGGGGAGAAGACCUGACACACUACAGGGACAUGUCCUACAAGGUCACAGAGCUGCUGUUGUCCUACUCUCCGCUGGUCGAAAGGCUUGGAUUUGAUGAAAACUUCAUGGACGUCACAGAGAUGGUAGAAAGAAGGUUGGGACAAACGGCAGAGUCCAGCAGCUUGUCAUUUACCGGCCAUGUCUACAGUCGCAUCGCUGCAGAUGUCGAAGCCAUCGACCACCAGAGGCUGGCUUUAGGCUCACACAUUGCGGCCGAGCUGAGAGAAGCGAUCCACAGCAAACUGGGCCUGACUGGCUGUGCUGGCAUCGCCAACAACAAGCUGCUGGCCAAGCUGGUUUCAGGCACCCACAAACCCAACCAGCAAACCGCACUGCUCCCAGAAAACAUUAGUGACAUUAUGGACUCCCUCAGCGGGCUCCGCAAAGUACCAGGGGUGGGCCACCAAACUGCUAAAAGACUUCAGGCAUUGGGACUGGUCGCCGUCAAAGACCUGCAGCUCUGCUCGCUGAGAGACCUGGUGAGAGAGUUUGGCAGUGCAACUGCUCAGCGCUUGAAGAACCUGGCCCUCGGCGUUGAUGAGUCUCCUGUCACCCCUACAGGGGCCCCUCAGUCUCUCAGUGAUGAAGACUCCUUCAAGAAAAUGUCUUCACCUAAAGAGGUUCAGGAGAAGAUUCAGCAGCUGCUGACCAGUCUGGUGGAAAGAAUGCACAAAGAUGGCCGGCAGCCUCAAACGUUCAGGCUCACAAUCCGUAAAUACUCAGUGGCCAACAAGUGGUUCAAUCGAGAGAGUCGGCAGUGUCCGAUCCUGAACCACAUCGGACAGAAGAUCACAUCUGGCUGCGCAGCGGAGGCAGUGGAUCAGUUGAUCCCUGUCGCCAUGAAGCUCUUCCAGAAGAUGGUGGACGUUGGCGCCGCCUUCCACCUCACCCUGAUUAACGUCUGCUUCAGCAAUCUGCAGUCCAGAACAGCAGCCGUCAGCGGGAAGGGCUCGAUCACCUCGUUCUUCACGCACAGUACAUCUCCCAGAAAGACACAGAGCGCCUUACCACAGAGCCAGGGCAGUUCCUCUCAUGGGGGCAGUCGUCACUUCACAGAUCAUCGGUUCGGCCCACCCUCUGCAGACGGUCAACACAAAAAGAAACUUACCACAAAGAGCUCCUGUAGCCCUGAGGCACCAUUACAUGGGUUGAAAUGGGAAGAAAAGUUAGUUGAUGGAGAAGAAGAGACACUUGAAGCAUCUUGCAGCUCAACAUGUGACUUUGAUGACACAAAUGGCCCCGCGCUACACCAGUUGCCCCCAAAUGUUGACCCAGAGGUCUUCAAGCUCCUUCCAGAGGAAAUCCAGAAGGAGCUCUUAUCUCCUGCUUACGUAAACUCUCUUCCCAGUCAUUUUACAGCCAAAUCAGUCUCCGAUGUUGAACACGGCUGUAGAAACAGGGCUCCUCAGACGGUUACACUCUCCGCAAGUUUUAAGGAUGUCAAAAAAGCGCCGAGCCAAUUGCAUCCGGCUGAUAGAGGGACCACCGUGAAUCAUCGGUUUCCAGCGGGCAUGAGUGUAGCGCCUGGAGAACAUGACUCUGUUGAAGGGACUUUGCCUUCCUCUCGGUCUUCUGACUGUGAGUGUCCUGGAAAUGUGGACCCCGGGGUGUUUUCCGAGCUACCUCCAGACGUUCAGAGGGAGCUGAUGUCUGAGUGGAAGCAGCAGAAGCUCAUCCUGAAAACCCCCCAAUCCAAGAAACCAGUGAGGAGCUCCAUGAGCAGAGACAAGAAGUCUGCAGGAAGAGGCAGCCAGGCCAACAGCUUGUUCAAGUAUUUCAAACCCAGUUAGAGGAGACCGUUUAUUUCUGUUAUAUCUAUUAUUUCUUUGCUGUGGUUUGUUUUUAUGUGAUCAG